AUGGAUACGCCUCUUGCAUGCUUUCUCUCCUUGAACUUGACCACGUCCGAUCUCGGCAAUGGUAACCAAACCACACCGGACGAUACGACUGUCAAGGUCAUUGUGGAAAACAUAACGAAAUCGAAGGGAGACGAUAUUAUACACAAGCCGGUUGAGCACUGGGGCUGUAGAGGGAAUACUGGAUACGUCCGAUACUCCAACAUGAAGAUUCACAGAGACACACCGGUAUGCGACAUACCUGCCGAUGGUUUGGAAAUCCUCAUCAUGUAUAUUACGGCGGUGCGCGACAGGAAUCAUCCGUCAUACUUGCUGUGGCAUGUAAGCAGGCGAAUGAUCGGCAACUUCCGACUCUUUCAUUCGAUGUUCUACAUUGGGUCCUGCAAAGCCUGCGAUUUGAGGAAUAUGUUGUUGGUGACACUAAAUAUCGCCGAAAUGGUCACAGCACCAUCGAGCUCUGUCUUCUCUAUGCACCAUCAAACCAGGCAGUACUAUCUUAAUUUUAUCUCCUUGACGAAGAUAAUGGACAACCGGGUGGCCAUCGAGGUGUCAAAGGGAUACGAUGAAUUCUUCUCGUAUAGUAACGAAAUUCUUCACCUGAAACGGCUGAACCGGUACAAUACCCUAUCCCUCAAGCUUCUCGCUGUUACUUCAACUGCAUUUGCUCUCGCUGUAUCUGCAUGA